AGAAAUAAAACAGGCAUUGAAAACUGUGUGAAAACUUUUGCCUCAAUAAGCAAUAAUGUUGCGCAUCUAUCAGAAUACAAACCGGCGAACCGCUAGAAAAGCCGUUGUAUACUCAACGAAGGUUGUCUGCUGCAAUCACUCCACGCUAUGCAACAUCACCAGUCAGUCGCGUCGCACCGGAUCUGCCAGUGGUGCACGCUGGGAGCAGCACAGCAAUCGCAGCCACGAAGAGUUUCUGCUGGGUGGCAACCAGGCGAGGGGCUGGACAAUACCGCCCCACUCGCGUGGCUAUGGAAUGUUUGUGGUGCGAAUUCUAAGGGGCGCCCUCAAGCUGCGUUACAUUGUGCUGGGCGGCGCUGUUGGCGGUGGCGUUUCCCUGAGCAAGAAAUAUGAAGAUUGGAAGGAUGGGCUGCCCGAUUUGAAAUGGCUCGAGGAUGCUCUGCCUCAGGGUGAGAGAUGGACUCAGUUCUCGAAGAAUCUCAUUGAAGUCGGCAGCACGGUGAAGAAUGCCAUUGAAAUCGAUCCGAGGCUUAAGCAGCUGAGCGAAGAUAAGUUGUCGGAAUGGCGCUCGUGGUUCGAUAGUCGUCUGGACGAUGCAAUUGAAGCGGCCGAUUAUCAAGGAAAUCAAAUUGUCGAAACCAAGGACGAUAUCAAGUCGAAGACAACUGUUGCCGCGCUGGGCAUACCAGCGGACGAAAGUCGUAAAAAAUAUGACAAACUGCAGAGCCAAGUGGAAACGCUGCAAACUGAAAUUAUGAACGUGCAGAUCAAAUACCAAAAGGAGCUCGAGAAAAUGGAGAAGGAGAAUCGUGAGCUGCGUCAACAAUAUCUCAUACUCAAAACAAACAAGAAGCCGACGGCAAAGAGAAUUAAGAAAUCGCUAAUUGACAUGUACUCUGAAGUGCUGGACGAAUUAUCUGGCUAUGAUACCGGCUAUACUAUGGCCGAUCAUUUGCCGCGUGUUGUUGUUGUCGGCGAUCAGAGCAGUGGCAAAACGUCUGUGCUCGAGUCCAUCGCCAAGGCGCGUAUCUUUCCACGCGGUAGCGGCGAAAUGAUGACACGCGCCCCAGUCAAAGUAACUCUGGCCGAGGGACCAUAUCAUGUGGCACAAUUUCGUGACAAUGAUCGUGAAUACGAUCUAACUAAAGAAUCGGAUCUGGCUGAUCUGCGGCGCGAGGUGGAGUUCCGAAUGCGCUCUUCCGUCCGUGGCGGCAAGACGGUGAGCAAUGAAGUGAUAGCCAUGACGGUCAAGGGUCCUGGACUGCAGCGUAUGGUCCUGGUGGAUUUGCCAGGCAUUAUUUCGACCAUGACAGUUGAUAUGGCAUCAGACACCAAGGACUCCAUUCACCAGAUGACCAAGCAUUACAUGAGCAAUCCGAAUGCGAUUAUUCUAUGCAUCCAGGAUGGCUCUGUUGAUGCGGAGCGCAGUAAUGUCACCGAUCUGGUCAUGCAAUGCGAUCCCUUGGGUCGCCGCACAAUAUUUGUACUCACCAAGGUUGAUUUGGCCGAAGAACUGGCAGAUCCUGAACGUAUAAGGAAAAUAUUGUCGGGCAAGCUGUUUCCAAUGAAGGCCUUGGGGUACUAUGCCGUUGUCACCGGUCGCGGCAGGAAAGAUGACAGCAUUGAUGCCAUUAGACAGUAUGAAGAGGACUUCUUUAAGAAUUCCAAACUGUUUCAUCGACGGGGAGUUAUUAUGCCACAUCAAGUGACGAGCCGAAACUUGAGUCUAGCUGUUUCGGAUCGUUUCUGGAAGAUGGUGCGUGAAACUAUCGAACAGCAGGCCGAUGCAUUUAAGGCAACCCGAUUUAAUUUGGAAACCGAAUGGAAAAAUAACUUUCCCAGACUGCGAGAAUCUGGUCGCGACGAGCUGUUUGACAAGGCGAAAGGCGAAAUACUGGACGAAGUGGUGACACUAUCACAGAUCUCAGCCAAGAAAUGGGAUGAUGCUCUCACACACAAGCUAUGGGAGAAACUAUCGAAUUAUGUAUUCGAAAAUGUUUACCUACCCGCUGCACAGUCAGGUUCUCAAAAUUCCUUCAAUACCAUGGUGGAUAUCAAGCUGCGACAAUGGGCAGAGCAAGCAUUGCCCGCCAAGUCGGUUGAGGCUGGCUGGGAGGCACUGCAGCAAGAGUUCAUAUCACUGAUGGAACGGGCGAAGAAAGCACACGAUCAUGACGGUGUCUUUGAUCAGCUGAAGAGCGCUGUUGUCGAUGAGGCCAUUCGCCGGCAUAGCUGGGAGGACAAAGCCAUUGAUAUGCUGCGAGUGAUACAGCUAAACACAUUGGAAGAUCGCUUUGUGCACGACAAAACGGAAUGGGAUCAGGCAGUUAAAUUCCUGGAGAACUCUGUUAAUACUAAACUUGAGCAAACCGAUGAGACGUUGUCCCAAAUGUUUGGACCCGGGCCGUGGACGCGAUUCGUGUACUGGAAGUCAAUAACCCAGGAUCAGCAAAAGCGACGCAGUGUCAAAGGUGAACUGGACAAAAUACUUAAAAAUGAUGCGAAACAUCUGCCCACCCUUAGCUACGAUGAGCUGACGACUGUACGCAAAAAUCUGCAGCGUGAUAAUGUGGAUGUGGACACCGAUUAUAUACGUCAAACGUGGUUCCCCGUCUACAGAAAAUACUUCUUGCAGCAGGCGCUGCAUCGAGCGAAAGACUGCCGCAAAGCGUAUUAUCUCUAUACGCAACAGGGCACAGAGUGCGAGGUAUCCUGCAACGAUGUAGUCCUCUUCUGGCGCAUACAGCAGGUGAUCAAGGUGACGGGCAAUGCACUGCGGCAGCAGGUCAUCAAUCGAGAGGCGCGACGCCUGGAUAAGGAGAUCAAGGCAGUGCUGGACGAGUUCAGUGAUGAUGAGGAACGGAAAGGUUAUCUGCUCACAGGCAAACGUGUUCAGCUGGCCGAGGAGUUAAUUAAAGUCCGGCAGAUUCAGGAGAAACUAGAGGAGUUCAUUAAUUCAUUGAAUCAGGAAAAAUAGGUUAUAGUUGGUGUGCCAUGACCAAAGACACAACUGCGUUAUCUAUUUAAUGUUGUAAUUUAAGCUGAAAAACAAAACGAUUCGUUUAUAAUCACGAUUUUCCUUACGAUUUAGUUAUUACGCUUAUCUUGUGCAACUAAGAGUAAUAAUAAAACGAUUGUUAGUUUGUAUUUUA